GCUUACCUUGGCACCGCGAUUAGAACCGCCACUGGCAGAACCAUUCAUGGCCUCCGCCACGUGUCGCUCCCCAGCUCUCUCCACCUUCGCCGCCGAUAGGUCCACCCUCUCAUCAUCGCGCGCGUCGUUCCACGCAGCAUUUCCCCUCCCUGCUCCGCAAUCCGCAUCGCCACUGCGCAGAGUCAGAUCGCCGCUGGCCGUCCGAUCCGACGGCAGAGGCGCAUCUGACGGCGAGGAUGAAAGCGGAGGAGGGAGCAAGUCCCGACUGGGAAGCAUCAUUCGACGGAAGCACGCUAGCGUGCAGGCGAAGCUGCAGCAGCUGGGGCAGGACGAGGUGAAUCGGCGCCUUGAGAACGCCGUCCGCCUGCAGCCGCCCGCGCAGCUGGCGGAUCUGCUGCUGCGGCGCGGGGAGGGGCCCGAGGGGCGCACGGCGCUCAUCGUUGAGGUGGCGCGUGCUGCUCCGUCUGAGCCGCCUGAGAGCCUGGCCAGACGGUGCCAACGAUAUGUGGAGCUAGGGGCCGACACUGUAAUGGUGUGCUGUGACGAAGAGAUUUCCCCGAAUGGUCUUGCUGACGUCAGGGCUGUGUCCCAAGCCCUCCCUGGAGUGCCCAUUAUUGCCAAAGACUGGAUGCUACAUCCCAUACAGGUGGCAGAAGCAGCAGAAGCAGGGGCUGCAGCCUUUCACAUAGUACACGGGGUCCUCAAUAAAGCCACUGCUCCAAUGCUCGCCUUUGCCUUUGGAUUGGGAGUUGACGUGGCAGUAGAGGUGGUGAAUCUGGAGGAGCUGAAGCGGGUGGAGGCCCUCGCCAUUCCCAUCUACGGCCUCAACCUCUCCGUUGGCCUCGCUGUGUCAGCGCCGGGAUUCAGACAGAGCGUUGCGAAAUCGCUGCUCUCCUCCAUGCCCUUCGGAGCUGCUGCUCUUGUGGGCGCUUCAUCCGUGGAGGACGUUAGGAUGAUGAAGGCGGCUGGCGCCACGGCGAUAGUGCUCAAAAGGGAGGCGUUCAAAGGGAUGGAAGGCGGUGGGAGUAGAGGGAUGGGGAGGGAGGAGGAGAAGGCUCUGCAAGACCUGUUUGAGGCUCUAAAUUACAUCUUGACUGGCGAUGACUGAUGUUAUGCGAGAAUUGGUGUGGACCAGGGCCUCAGAUAGGAAUUCUGGCAUCCUGAUCACUCAGGGCUGACCGCUCCUAUGCAUACUGAUUCCUCAGGGUGAUUCCCAUGUUCUAUACUUAGGCCCCAGGGUAAAUUCUGGUAAGCUGAAAAACUUGCCCAAUGUUACAGAACACCAGUUUUCAUGCAUGUUGUGCUGCCAACC